CCCGAAAAUCGAAAAAAAAAUCCUCCCCCCACCUUGCCAGUGCCAAAAAUAAACCAGUAAUUGUAAAAAUAAAAAAUGGUCAUACCCAGCGAAUGAAAGGUGUGGCAUUAAAAACGUUAGUCAUCAAAAAGAAAAAUAAUUAAAAGGUGUAUUGACCAGCGUAGUUGAACGACGUUUAGAAGUCAGCCAUCUUGCAAUCCCUAAUCAAAGAUCUUUGGCUAGCGGGUUCCGUUGUCUGGUUUUCGGCCAGUUAAUAUCAACACACAGUUCAUCAGAUGGCUUUAAAACGAAUUAAUAAGGAACUUCAGGAUCUUGGAAGAGAUCCCCCUGCACAAUGCUCAGCUGGACCUGUAGGAGACGAUUUAUUCCAUUGGCAGGCGACCAUUAUGGGACCACCUGACAGUCCUUAUCAAGGAGGAGUAUUUUUCCUCACAAUUCACUUCCCCACAGACUAUCCAUUCAAACCUCCUAAGGUCGCAUUCACGACCAGAAUUUAUCAUCCCAAUAUUAACAGUAACGGAAGUAUCUGCUUGGAUAUUUUGAGAUCGCAGUGGUCUCCAGCACUCACUAUAUCAAAAGUGUUACUGUCAAUAUGCUCUCUGCUGUGUGAUCCUAAUCCAGACGAUCCACUUGUACCGGAAAUAGCAAGGAUAUACAAAACUGAUCGUGAGAAGUACAACGAAUUGGCACGUGAAUGGACGCGUAAAUAUGCCAUGUGAUGCGCCAAUUUUCGUUGACCUCAUCCGAACGCCACCAACGAGCAGCCCCAGCCUAAAAUGCCACUUUUAUCGUUCAGCACCGAUUACGAAGUAGCUAUGUGGCUCGUCCUGUCUUAAAACCAACAGAAAAAAAAAAA